AUGUUGAAAGACGACCACUACUCUUCCGAACCGACUUCUCGCGCUCCUCUGGCGUCCUGGAGCACUUCUCAUCCCCACGCAAAUGUCCUUACUGGCGAUGCGUUUUCGCGUGGUGUUAUCCGCAGUGGUACAGACUACUCGGUUUACGAACAAGCUGGACUCAAGGGGCUAGAUUUUGCUUUCUACCGCGGGAAGGAGCAGGGUAUCAUACGAAUUUUUGGUACCAUUAUGAUCAUGUUCACAUUCCAAACUCUAAGGAUUGCAAACAUUGUCCUCCUUAUCGUCGGGCCUGUCAUUCUCCUGAUGUUGGUUUACUUCGAGCAUAUCAUCCGAGUCGCGUCUCGUAUUCGUUCUGGACACUAUCGUGCUGCAAAUGGUAAUCUUUGGGUCUGGUUCAAAUUCUGGACUGCUUUGUUACUCGGUGUUGCCUUCCAGAUGCUUUUAGUGGUAGGAUAUGUGAAGCUGAAUUCAUUCGUCAUUCACACUCACCCUUGGCUUGUGCUUGUGUCUGCGUUGUCGUUGGCUUAUCUCACAACAGCCCUUGCUCUCACCUUUCCACUUACGAAGCAUGGCGUUGUCCCUGCUCCAGAACAGCAAAAGCUGUCUAUCCUUCUCCAUCAGUAUGUUCUCACAUGGGCGCCCCUCGUAUAUACAACAUCAGCCAUGACGCUUGGGGGAACAUAUUUCAUAACCGUUUGGAACGCGGUGGUUUUCCUUGGAGCUGUGCUUGCGUGUGUGGAAGGCAUGGCUGGCGCUCGAGGAUACAAAGACGAGGGAGAGAUUCAAGGACAAAGGUGUUACGUGCGAGGUGUGCACUACGAUGUCGUGGACACUGCCGAGAAUGGCCACCAGCGCGCGGGCAUAAUUGAGGAAACUGAGCCGACAGAGAUUACACGCCUCGUCGCUCAGCAUGGCCAGUCCAGGCCGUUAGGUCAAGAGCAAGGUGCUAUUGGCUGGUGGAUUGCCCAGCUGUUGGUUGUUAUUCCGCUGCCUGUUAUUCUAGUGUCUCAUAUCGCGGACAUCGUGCUACUUGCAACAAACCAGACGCUCACAGACGGAACCAGUCCUUUGAGUGUCUAUGGACCGGUCUCGAUUCUGGCGUUACUCAUCCUACUUCCUAUUGCACCAUUCAGUAUGAACAUGCAUCGCUGGCUGAACGAAACACCACUCAAGGUCUAUUUCGCUCAAAGUGUGGACUUAGACACGUCUCGCGUGGUUACCACGCUAACUGGUCCUCGUCAAUUCCUUUCGACGGCGAUCAUCCCCCGAUUCCCCUCUGCAUUUGACCAACCAAUCAAUUGUACAGAUGCUCCAGACAAGCUUGGCCUGCAAACUUGUACGUGGGAGGUUGGGGAUGCAUUUGUGCCCUCUCCGGGUCCGAGCAAGCGUCGUUAUGAACCGCUCCAGGGUCGCUACCUUCUUGUGAUUCUUGGGCAUUGGAUAUUGGUGAAAACAACAUCUGCACAAUAAAUUGUCGUUGUCUACUGUAGUGCUACAUGUUUCAAACUAAUAUCGAAGCAUCCGUGGCACGCGCAGAUGAACUACAUAGGGUUAAGGUUUAAAUUUUUCCCAGGCCAUGUUCAAAAGUAAAGUGAUGCGCACCAUACAUG